AUGAAAAAUGUAAGAGAAAGUAAUUCAUUUAGUAGAUUCAAGACUAGAUAAAAGUCAAGAGACAAUGAUUAAAAUUCUCAAAUUCUGAAAUUGUAAAGUUAAUAGAAUGUUAAAAGUAAAACAAGAAGUCUAUAUUUAGAAUUGCCCCCAAAGGCUCAACAAGUGAGUUUCCAUCUCUUACCAGAGAGCUAUUAAAGACCUAAGACAAAAUCAAUGGUAUAAUAAGUAAUACAAGUAUAAUAAUAUCUAAAUGAUUAAUUAGAAACCUUCAAAAAAAGUAUUAAAUGAUACUCAUAAUUAUUUAUCGACCAAAUAUUAGACAAAUAAACUUAUCAAACAAAAUAUUUUUGCAAAGAAUCAUUCUAAAAAAAUGCAUUACGUUAGUUAUUAUCAUUGUAAUAGAAACAUACUUAUAAUUAUUUAGAUGAUAGUGUAUAAAAUGAGAAUGAUGAGUUUUGUAUGCAUUUUAAUAACAUGUCUAACGUUUCCUUAGAUGCUGAAGGUAAAAAUGUUAAAUUUAUGUUAGCACGUGCUAAUAAAUUGCACUCUGAUAAAUCUUAAGAAAUAAUUGAAGGUAAGAAGCUUUUAAGUUUGGGUUAAACAGAAGAAGCUUAAAAAUUAUUUGAAGAAAUUCUCUAAGCAAGCAAUAAUCCUGAAGCACGAUAUUUAAAUGGCUUAUGUCAUUUAAGUAAAUCUGAAUUUUCAGAUGCCAUAGCUGAUUUAAAUCUUUUGAUUUAGCAACAACCUCUUUAUAAAAGAAAUGCUUAUAUUCUUUUAGCCAUUGCUUUUAAAAAAUCAAAUUGCCCAAAUGAUGCAUUAAAUAUUGUAUCAACAUUAACUUAAAUUAUAGUUAACUCUAGCUAUUAAACAAUUUAACAAAUAUUUUGAUGCUUACAUAUAUAGAGGUAAAUUAUUAUUGAAAUUGAAAUAAUUUGAUCGUGCUUUGAAAGAUUUUACAAGUGCUAUUGAAAUACAGCCAAAAAAAGCAAUUGCUUAUAUUGGAUAAGCUGAUUGUUAUAGAUAUAUGAAUCAACCAAAAUAAAGUGUCGAGGCUUGUACUUAAGCUAUUGAAUGUGAAGAUUCAUCUUUCAGAUAAGCCUUAAUAAAAAGAACUCUCUUAUAUAUUGAUUUAAAAGAAUAUGAUUUAGCACUUUUAGAUAUUGAAGCUGUAUUACAUGAAGAUCAUUGUGAUUCUGAAGCUCUUUAUAUCAAAGGUUUCAUUUANUAUAAUAAUAUCAAUAGAUAGAAUGAAAAAUGUAAGAGAAAGUAAUUCAUUUAGUAGAUUCAAGACUAGAUAAAAGUCAAGAGACAAUGAUUAAAAUUCUCAAAUUCUGAAAUUGUAAAGUUAAUAGAAUGUUAAAAGUAAAACAAGAAGUCUAUAUUUAGAAUUGCCCCCAAAGGCUCAACAAGUGAGUUUCCAUCUCUUACCAGAGAGCUAUUAAAGACCUAAGACAAAAUCAAUGGUAUAAUAAGUAAUACAAGUAUAAUAAUAUCUAAAUGAUUAAUUAGAAACCUUCAAAAAAAGUAUUAAAUGAUACUCAUAAUUAUUUAUCGACCAAAUAUUAGACAAAUAAACUUAUCAAACAAAAUAUUUUUGCAAAGAAUCAUUCUAAAAAAAUGCAUUACGUUAGUUAUUAUCAUUGUAAUAGAAACAUACUUAUAAUUAUUUAGAUGAUAGUGUAUAAAAUGAGAAUGAUGAGUUUUGUAUGCAUUUUAAUAACAUGUCUAACGUUUCCUUAGAUGCUGAAGGUAAAAAUGUUAAAUUUAUGUUAGCACGUGCUAAUAAAUUGCACUCUGAUAAAUCUUAAGAAAUAAUUGAAGGUAAGAAGCUUUUAAGUUUGGGUUAAACAGAAGAAGCUUAAAAAUUAUUUGAAGAAAUUCUCUAAGCAAGCAAUAAUCCUGAAGCACGAUAUUUAAAUGGCUUAUGUCAUUUAAGUAAAUCUGAAUUUUCAGAUGCCAUAGCUGAUUUAAAUCUUUUGAUUUAGCAACAACCUCUUUAUAAAAGAAAUGCUUAUAUUCUUUUAGCCAUUGCUUUUAAAAAAUCAAAUUGCCCAAAUGAUGCAUUAAAUAUUGUAUCAACAUUAACUUAAAUUAUAGUUAACUCUAGCUAUUAAACAAUUUAACAAAUAUUUUGAUGCUUACAUAUAUAGAGGUAAAUUAUUAUUGAAAUUGAAAUAAUUUGAUCGUGCUUUGAAAGAUUUUACAAGUGCUAUUGAAAUACAGCCAAAAAAAGCAAUUGCUUAUAUUGGAUAAGCUGAUUGUUAUAGAUAUAUGAAUCAACCAAAAUAAAGUGUCGAGGCUUGUACUUAAGCUAUUGAAUGUGAAGAUUCAUCUUUCAGAUAAGCCUUAAUAAAAAGAACUCUCUUAUAUAUUGAUUUAAAAGAAUAUGAUUUAGCACUUUUAGAUAUUGAAGCUGUAUUACAUGAAGAUCAUUGUGAUUCUGAAGCUCUUUAUAUCAAAGGUUUCAUUUAUACUAAAAAAUGUAAAUUAUUGUAUCUAUAUUUAUUUUAGAUUAAAUUUAAGAAGCUUUCCUAGCUUAUGAAUAAUCAAUUAAACAUAAUAAUUCAAAAAAAGCUGUUUCUAAAUCUCUAUAUGAAAUCACUAAAAUUAAAAUUGAAUAAAGAGAUUUUUAUGAAGCAUUUUAUCAGUUAAGUCGUGCUGAUUAUUUAGAUGUAGAUGAGAAAAUCUUAGAGAAAUUCAAAAUAUUUACUGAUGGAGUUACAUUUUUAAUGAAACGUAAAUUUGAUGAAGGUGUUGAGGCUUUAACAACAAUCAUUAAUAAACAUUAAAUUACAGAUUUUUUAAAACCUCUUAUUUAUUAAUAUAGAGCAUAUGGAUAUUUCUGUUAAUCAUAGUAUUAGAAGUCUCUUAAUGAUCUAAAUUAAUUAACUUCCCUUGAAAAACCCUCCAUUUAUAAUAAAUUAAUUGCUGAAGGAAUUCUUGCUGCUAUUGCUAAUUAAUUUGAAUUAUCUUAAGGAUACUUUUUAAAAGCAUAAAAAUUAAUACCUAAUAAAAUGGAACCUUAUUUUUAUAAAGCUACAACACUGGUUAAAUUUUAUAGUUAACUUAUUCUAAAAGAUGAUACUGAAAAAAAAAAUAAAUUUUUAAAUGAUGCUCUGAAAUAUAUGGAUAUAGCAGUUAAAAUUAAUGAGCAAUCUAAUCUCUUAUUUUAUAGAGGAAUUGUAUUAUUUGCAUAAGGAAGAUUAGAUGAAUCUUUAAUUGAUUUAGAUAAAGCUAUAGAAAAAUCAGAAGAUCAUGUAGCAAAACAUUUUUAUGUAAGAGGCUUAAUACAAGCCUGUAGGAAUGCAUUUGAACUUGCUCUUAAUGAUUUAACAAUCACAAUAAAUCUUGAUGAAAAAUUCGUAGAUGCUUAUUUAAAUAGAGCAAAAAUAUUUCUAUAAUUGGGAGAUAGAAAAAAUGCAUAUUAUGAUGCUUAAAAAUAUAAAGAAUGUAAAUAGACUGAUGCUUAAACUGACAUUUUAAUAGGAAAUUUAUUUUUUUAAAUUGGAGCUUAUGAAGAUGCUAUUUAAUCAUAUUCAGAUAGCAUCAGCUCUGAAAAAAGUUUACAAGUUUUAUAUUAUAGAGCUAAAACUUAUAUUCUAAUUAAAGAAUUAAAUAGUUCUAUGCUUGAUCUAUAAAAAAUAGUUGAAUAAUCAAAUGAUAUUCAUGCUAUUGUAGACUUAAAUAUUUUACAGUAAUUAAAAAAUACAUCAACUGCAAAUACUGAUUAAAAUUUAUUUUAAGAAGCUCUACAAUGUAGUAAUCAAAUUUUAAAAAAAGGAGUUGAAGGAAAAAUAUUCAAAAAAUCAGAUAUUUUAUUUUAUAAAGGAUUAUUUUUAUUCUAUUUAAAAUAAUAUGAUAAUGCUUAAUAAGUUUUAAGAGAGUCAUAUAAAAUCAAAGAAGAACAAUAAAAGAAGCAAUUAGGUUCUAUGAAUGAUUCAGACUAAUAAAUUUUAGACUAGUUGAAUCAAACCUAAAAAAAAAAUGAAUAUAAAAGCAAACUUUUGGAAGAAUUCGAAUUCAAUGAUAGAACUUAUAAUUUAUUCGAAUACUAUUUCAAUAGAGCUUCUAUUCAUUUAAUAUUAGGUUAAAUAGAAUAAGCACUUGAUUAUUUAGAAUAAUUACAUGAGAAUAUAGCCUAAUUAGAAAUCUAAGAACAUCUCUCAUUAUUUAUUUAAUUAUUGAAAGAAGAUUAAAAUCCAAAAAGUGAAAUCAAUCCUGAACUUUCCAAACUUACUGAAUUUAUUAUCUUUCCUCAACAUAAUAGAUUAUGCUCAAUCUAUCCAAUGAUCAAAUUACCUCUAAAAAAAUAUAAGUAAAACUUAUAACUAAGAUUAUCUUUUUGUUUACCUACAGUAGAAAUUCCUGAAAUAAAUAUCAAAUUUGAUGAUAAAUUACUAGAAACCAUUAGUGUAAUAAAUUAUAUAUAAUUUUAGCCUACUGUUGUUGAAAAUAAACCUGAAGCUCCUUGGAUUAAAAGAUCAGCAGAAGGAGUCAUUUUUACAGAUAAUGUUCAAAUAGUUGAAGAUUUAGAUCUACAAUCAACCACAAGGCCUUCGAAAAAAUAAACAGAAAUUGAAGAUCCAGAAUUCUUAUAAUUUGAAGAAUAAUUAAAUCAUGCAAUUGAAAAAUAUGAUUAUAGUGAAAUAGAUUAAUAAGAUGAAAUCGUUGAAUAACAAGCUUAAGCAAUAGAUAUACAGUAAAUUAAAUAAAACUUAAUGCUUGAUUCUAAAAUUGCAGACAAAUUAAAUUCUAUUCUAUAAAAAAAAGCUUAAAAUUGA